AUGUUCCAUCGUUUCUUUCAUCAAAACCUUAGAGAUAUUAAGGUCAUUCAAAAAGGAACACAAUUUGUUAACAAAAGAAUUAUUAGUACUAAAAAUGAAUGGUACGAAUCAUGUGGUUGGUGUGAAGAUGCAAUAUUUUUUCAACAAGGAACAAAAUUCCUAUUAUUUCGAAAUGGUUUUAUUCAAAGGUAUGAAUGUCAAGAAAGAGGAAUAAUAAAGAAGUGUGUUAUAACAGAUGAUAAUAUCAUAUGUAUUUUACAUGGAUGUAUUGAAUUUAAAGGAAGUAUAAAUGGUAUAUGUAAAGGGUGUUAUUCUGGGAUUGAUACAGAUGGGUUUACUAUUUUUGUUUGUAAUUCGAAAGGAGUUUUCUCUUUAAAUAGAAUAGACUUUAGUUUUAAAUAUAUUAGACAUGGAAAUUAUCUUUCUAUUAAAAUAGAUAGACAAAGAAAAAAACUUUAUUGUGUCAAGCUUCGUUCUAUUGAUAUUUUUAUAUUGAAACAAAACUCCUCAUUUGUAAAAUAUUAUCUGAAAUGCAGAUUCCCUCUUUUAUUUGGAGUUAGUUUAAUUGAUGGUGAAAGAUUAAUUUAUUCUCAUUAUAACCAAAAUGAAUCAAUUCAUUUGUAUCAAAUGAUAAAUAGACCAACACAAUCAUGGUGUUUUGGAUGGUACUCAUUUCAGUAUUCAAUUUCAGAAAAUAAUUCUUACCAAAUAGCAUUUGGUAGAAUGAUAAAGACAUCAUUUCAAAGCAUUGAAGAAAUACAAAUUUUAUGUAAUACAACCAAACCAUUAGAUGUUCAAUGUAUUAUAAAGAAAGGGUUCAUUCAAAAUAAUGUUAUAUUUAAAGUACUUACUAAGAAUGAAAUUCAAGAAUAUUCCUGGAGUUGUCCAUCAUACGAUAUUCCAUUUGAAUAUUACAAUAAUUUUAUUUUAACAAAACAACCAAGUUCUUCUGAAAUUAUUCAACUUUUUAAUAAAUUGUCAUGUCCAAAUGAAGCUGCUUUAAUUAUUACUCUUCGUAUCAUUCCAUCUAUUUGUUUAUCAUUAAGUGAAAUUGUAAAAAGUUCAUUUAAUGAAUUACAACAAAUAGAAACUACAAUUGCUUCAAUUAUAAAAGCAUUAAAAUUAUUAUUUCCACCUUCUUUUGAUAAAGACCAAACUAAUAAAGAAAAAGCAUUUUGGGAAGAGAGAUAUGAUUAUUUUAUUCAGUUAGACAAAAUUCAAAAAUCUAUUUGUUUACUCAAAAUUUACUCAGGAAUAAAGACAAGUAUCUUAUUACCUCAAUCAUUUCAAUACAUUUCGUUGGAACGAUUAAUUGAUACAGAUGAUUGUAUUAACCAAGUUCAACAAUUUAAUAACGAAAUUAUUCAUUCUACAAAAAACUAUUCAUUACUUAGUUUAUUCAAUAAUUGUGGUGAAUUGUUUUCAUUAUAUGAAUGUGUUAAAGAGGAAGUAAUUAUUAACUUAAAGAAUAAUAUGUCUUUGACUUGUUUUUUAUUUUUAAUGAAAACAAGUUUUAGUGUUGCAAGGAUAGUAGUUGAUAUACUAUUAGAACAGAGUGAAUAUGAUUUAUGUAAUAAAUUGGUUGUAAGAUUAGAAUCAACUCAACUAACUGAAUACCAUAAAAUAAGAACUAAUGAAUGUUUGACUAUUCAAAACGAAUUAUCAAAUAAUGAUAUGAUUGAAUCAAAACUUUUAAAGGUUGAGAUGGUUGACUCUUCUUUCACAUUAGAAGAAAGAGAAAAAGAACUUUUUAAUAUCCUUUGUGAUUUGGCAAUGGAAAAAAAAUCUUCUUAUAUUGAAAAACUUAAAGGAAGAGUUGUAUUAGUAGGUGAAAGAAUUUCUCUUCAAAAAAAAUUAAUAGCUGAAGGUCAUUUAACAGAAGACUCUCAAUCAAUCCUUCUGCCGAUACAUCAACUCCAGUCAAUAAAAAAAUAA